GGUCGCACGAGGAACUGCAGCUCUGUCAGAAGGAUACCGGCUCCUUCAUCCAUCUUCAUCUUCCUCCUCCGUUCAGCCCGUUAACAACACAACCGACUUACCGUACCGUUAACCUCCCCUCUGUACCGUCGACAUGUCUUCUAACGAUUAUUCCCAGACAUCUGCUCAGGGCUAUGGGUCCUACGGUGGAGGAGGAGGAGCUGGGGGUGGUGCUGGUGGUGGAGGUGGUGGUGGUGGUGGCAGCCAAGGCUAUGGUCAAUCCUCCGGCCAGAGUUAUGGCCAGCAGGGCUAUGGAGGCUACAACCAGAGCCCUGACAGCGGCUCUGGCUCCUAUAACCAAGGAGGAUAUGGAAGCUACGGUCAAUCCCAGUCAGGAGGAUAUGGUUCUCCAUCUUCUAACCAGGGAGGUGGUGGAGGUAGUGGUGGUGGUGGUGGUGGAGGUUAUAACCAGUCUGGUCAGUCUUAUAGUCCUGGAGGCUACAACAGCAGCCAGUCCCCUAGCUACAGCCAGCCGUCAUCCUUCUCUGGGUACAGCCAGCAGCACUCUCCUCCGUCGCCCACUGGAGGCUACGAGGGCGGCUCCCAGGCUCCCAGCUACAACCAGCCACCGAGCGGUGGGCAGAGUAGAGGAGGUUAUGGCAGCAGUGGAGGUCAGACUGGCGGCUAUGGGGACAGCGGGAGCCACCAACAACCACCGCAACAUGGAGGAGGUCACUACAACCAGCCACCGAGCUACAACUCUCCCCCUCCACAGAGCUACGGACAACAGAGCCCGUACGGCCAAAGUGGAGGUUAUGGUGAUGAAAGCCCUCCGAUGAGUGGAGGAGGAGGAGGUGGAGGGUACGGCUCUGAUGGAGGUUACGGAGGUCAGGAAGGCCGCGGUGGAAGGGGCCGUGGAGGUGCGUUUGGAGGUCGAGGUGCCGGAGGAUACGAUCGCGGUUUUGACCGAGGUGGAAGAGGUGGACCGAGAGGUCGAGGAGGCAUGGGAAUGGGCGAUCGUGGAGGAUUCAAUAAGUUUGGUGGACCACGAGAGCCGGGACAUGGACAUGGAGGACCAGGCUACAUGCAGGACCAGGAUAACUCUGAUAAUAACACCAUCUUUGUGCAAGGCCUGGGAGACGACUACACGGUGGAGUCUGUGGCCGACUUCUUCAAACAGAUCGGGAUCAUUAAGGUCAACAAGAAGACCGGCCUACCCAUGAUAAACCUGUACACGGACCGAGAGACGGGGAAGCUGAAGGGCGAGGCCACGGUGUCCUUCGAUGACCCGCCUUCAGCUAAGGCAGCGAUCGACUGGUUCGAUGGUAAAGAAUUCAACGGAAAUCCGAUCAAGGUUUCGUUCGCCACCCGCAGAGCCGACUUUGGAGGCCGAGGCGGCAUGAGAGGAGGACGAGGACGAGGAGGACCGAUGGGCCGCGGUGGAUUUGGAGGGGGUCGAGGUGGAGGUUUCCCAGGAGGCAAUGGGAGUGGAGGAGGAGGAGGUGGUGGAGGUGUUGGAGUUGGAGGGGGCGGAGGAAGCGGAGGAGGAGGAGGACAGCAGAGAGCUGGAGACUGGAAGUGUUCGAACCCUAACUGUGGGAACCUGAACUUCUCGUGGCGUAACGAGUGUAACCAGUGCAAAGCUCCUAAACCUGAGGACUCGUGCGGGAUGCCCCCGAUGGAGCGAGGAGGUUACGGAGGAGAGCGCCGAGGGGGAUUCGAUCGCGGUGGAUUCAGGGGCAGAGGUGGCGAUCGUGGGGGCUUCAGAGGGGGCCGCGGAGGAGACCGGGGCGGAGACCGGGGCGGAGACCGGGGAGGAGACCGGGGAGGAUUCGGCCCUGGAAAGAUGGACGCAAGGGGUGACCGCAGACAGGAGCGGCGGGGCCGUCCGUACUAGACCCUCCUCCAAGGACAAACAGUCCGUCCUCAGAACAAAGACCAGUGCUCCCCUCCUCCAUCCACACUGGACCCAGCCUGAACCUCUCACCCCUUCUCCUCAGCCUCUUAAUCCAGCGUGUACAAAAAAUGUGACUAUCCCUGUUCUCUGUUGUUCCCAUAUGUCAUUACUUUCUAGUCUGUUCACACUCCUUCCUCUGCUCGGCAAGACCACAGUUACAAAAAGCAUUGAGUUACACCUGAAGAAAGUCCUCAGUCGAACCGCCCUCCAGCUGUCAGUGUGUGAGCUUUUGAACCUAUCAUCACUGUCAGCUGUAACUUAAUACACCCGGACCCAAACAGUUCAAACAAGAAGAACCAGUCAGUACUCACAGAGGACUGUUUGUGUCUUUAACACCAGGUUUAAAUCAAAUCACAUCAGAAUGAUCAAACUAGUGAGACGACAACAUGUUUUCACUAAUCAGUUAAACUGAGAGAUCGUUUCAUGCACGAGGGGUUUUUCUCUUUACUUGAAUCACUGAAAGGUUCUACGUAUCGAGCUGCUGAUAAAACAUGAUGAUUCUUAAAGAUGUGUGACCACUCACAAUGAGAGGCCGCCCUGAUCACAGCAGUUUGAUAACACAGCUCUGACACAAAGCAUCGUGUGUACAGAAGGUUUGACAGAUCGGGUUGACUGAUUCAGAGGUAUUGUUAUAGGGAGGGGGGAGGUAGGUUUGCUCAUAGUACUGUGACUGCUUGUGUGCAGUGUGACAGUAAUAAUGAUUUCUCUGUCAUUAUGACUGGCAUCAUCUUUGUUUUCACUCUUCAGUUUUUCAUGUCGGGGAUUUCAGAACCUGUUCGGUGGCCACUGUCUUUACACCGUCUGACUCCUGCAAGCUGACGAUGGAAAAAAAGAGACACACGUGGGAAACCUGCUGAGAGGAAUCUGGAAACUCUGAAGUUAUGUUCUUUAUUUUGAAUCAGUGAUAGGAUCAGAAGCGUCAGAGCAGAGUUGUAAAGCUUGAACCAUACGUUAUUUAAGAACCUUGAGUUCUCCGACUUCUUUUUCACAACGCCAUGAGUCAGGAACAAAUGUUCUGAACUUUCCACGAGUUAAAAUACACGUUCAAGAAUCACAGCACUUCAGUGUGAAGGAUUCAGUUUAAACCUGGUUCGCAAACUUCAAACUGAUUCAUGCAAAGUCAUCAAAGCUUCAUUUUAACAAAGUGUUCACUGAAAUAAAUUGAGUUCAGAGAAUUGAUGAUUUUAUGGAAAUAUAGAGGAAAAUCAUAAAAUCCAGUAACUGUGAGGAUAAUCAGGAUAAGGAUGUGAGGUCUGUAGUUUACAAAGUAGUUUGAUCAUAUACUUACAAUUCUAAUAAAUAUUCUCAUAUUGCAAAGACUUCAUGACCUAACUUUACGCCUUUUAAAGAGAAAAUCAUUCAAAGAAUAAUCCCAGGAUCAAGUUUCUGAUUAAGUUCUCAGAGUGAACACUUGAACAGAUUUGUAAAGUGUAAAAGUCUGUGAGUUUAGUGGAUCUCACUCUGACAAACAUUCCCAAAGAAUAGAUUAAAAACACGUCUGAGAUAAAUGUAAAUCAUUUACACUUCUGACCCGCUGAGGUCGCUGCUGCAGCUUUUUGGAAAACCGAGAAAUCACUGUGUUUUAAACGGGAACUUGUGUCACCGAUCAUAACUCAUCACACCUGUCACAUCACGUUAACCCCUUCAGUUCCAAACUUCAGGUCCUGAUCCGAGUCUGAGAAAAACCUGAUCCUGAAAAGCUCUUCUUGUAACUGAGGCUUCACGUCCGUGCAGAGAGUUGGAGUUUCCUGAUGACGCUCUUCUUUCUGUGUUUGUGUUAUUUAUGAGUUUGUGUUUGUUUUGUUUUUUCAAAUGAAAGUGUUGAUUAAACUAAA